AUGGGGGAUUUCAAUAAUGUUUUGAAGACUCAAGAUAGAAUUGGAGGUCAGAUGGUCAUUGAGAAGGAAUUCCUGGAUCUGCCAAAUUUCAUGGAUACAAAAGGCUCAUCUGAAAUGGAGAGUAAUGGUGAUUAUUAUACUUGGUCUAAUAAGCAUCAUGUAGGGACUAUAUACUCCAAAAUUGAUAGAGUGAUAGCUAAUGCUGAUUGGUUUCAGAAUCAUCUUAACACUACUCUUAAGUUUCUUCCUCCUCAAGUUUCUGAUCAUGCAUUAUUGCUCCUUACUAGUCAACAUCAUAUUAGAUAUAAAAAGAGAUUCAGAUUUAUUAAUUGUGUCACUAAAGUUGCUGGAUUUAUGGACACUAUCAAAGCUAAUUGGAACCUUCCCCUUGAAGGAAGACCAAUGUAUGUUCUUUGGUCCAAGAUGAAGAGACUUCAACCGGUUAUGUAUAAAUUGAAUAAUUCUCUCACUCUUUCGACUCAAAAUAUUGUGCAGGCUAGAAAGAAGCUGGAGAGGAUUCAAAUUGAGCUGAUCAAUGAUAGAAUGAAUAGUAAUCUGAUUGAGGAAGCCAAAAUCAACACUGAAAAUCUUGUUUAUUGGCAAGAGGUGGAAGUAUCUAUUUUAAAACAGAGGGCUAAGCUUAAGUGGUUGAAAGAUGGAGAUGGUAAUUCAGCUUUCUUUCAUGCUGCAGUUAAAGGCAAGCACACUUCCAAGGCUUUAACAAUGUUAAUAAAAGAUGAUGAUGGAGUUUUAAAUUCUCAGACUGAUAUUGAAAGAGAAAUUAUGGCCUUCUAUGGUACUCUCAUAGGCAAAAGUGAUGAUGAGCUUCAAGGUAUUGAUGUAGGUGCUAUGAGGAGAGGUGCACAAAUAUCCAAGACUCAGAGGUGUAACAUGGAAAAACCUAUUAGUGAAGCAUAA